GGGGGAGAGACCCCACAAAGUUACCUUCCAGUGACGUCAUGACGCUCCUGUCCCGCCGCAACGUCAAACUGGACUCGUUCCUGCAGCGGACCUUGGAGCCGGACGUGUACGCGCGGGUCCGCGCCUACGAGCCGUGCGUGGUGGUCUCGCCCGCGCGCAACAAGGUCUACAUGCACGCGGUGCUGAGCGACGAGCGCGUGUACGUGGCGGAGUACAGGCCGCGCACGCUGGCGAGCGUCGUGGGCUUCGGGAGCGUGCGUGACAUCAGACUGAUCAACGACCUGCCGGACUUCCUGCGCGGGAACAGCAGUGCGCAGAGUCAACAUAUAAGAAUAACUUACGUGCUCCACAAAACUGCCGCCAAGGACCCUCAUUGGCUCAGACGACAGGGGGCGGGGCUUCAACCUGCAUCCACUCCUGCACAACUGAAGCAGAGUGAAGCGGACACAGAACUGUCCAAGACCCCCCGUCGGCGGCAGAAGUUGGACCAGGUGGUGAAGAAGUUUGGGAAGGUUCUCUCUCGCUUACGGACAGGCGACCAUGUGACCACGAGCAGCAGGUGGGGAGAGGAGGAGGAGGCGGAGCUCCAUCUCUACGCCAUCUCACGCACAUCCAAACUUUACCUCCACCUUCACAGCUGCUGGAACACUUUCAUUAUAAGGUCCACCCUGGCCUUUGACGAACUUCACAGACCUUCAUCUGACUCCUUACCACCCCCAACCAUCAGCUGGGCGCGCACGUCUCACCUGUACGAUGACCUGAGCAGGGAACUGCUGCGGAAAGGAAGCAGUGUUGAGAGCUUCUAUGUGCUUCUGCAGGAACUGAAGGUGGCCGCCCGCCACCACGUCGCUCUACGUCACAUCUUCUGGAGGUGUGGGGAGGUGUGUGACUUUCUGGUUGAGUCUCUGGAGGAAUGUCUACAUGGCCGUCAGAAUGGACUUCACACGGUUGACCAGCUACUACUGAGCACUCUGAUCAUCCAAACGCUGGCCAUCAUGUUCCAAGAGACGGACACUGAAGCUGCCAGACUCGACGCGCUUGCCACCAAAAAAGGUGCCUUGGCCUCCAGGAUGCUACUCUCUUUGGUUUGUGACCCCCAUAACACAUCAUCCACCAACCUGGAGUUCCAAGACAAAAGGUCCGACUACCUGGAUGCUGCCUGCUGGCUUCUCUUUGAGAUGAUGCAGAUGGGACACCAGGCCAACAGGUGUGGGGGACACUUCCUGUCUGUCAGCUGGACCCUGCAAGUCCUGCAGGACCACCCUCACAUGUCGUCCUUCCUUGCCUCCCAAGCCUGUCAGGUGGUCCUGGUUCUAUCGGACCUGCAGGAGUCCCUCCUUAGUCCUCUGCAGAGUGUCCUUCUGUUCCAGCGCUGCCGCCUCCUGCUGACCUUCCUGCAGCACAGCGACCAGCUGGCCCAGCAGCUUCGAGCCCACGUCACAGAGGAGUUCAGGUACUUUGUGAAUCUGUCCAGCGCCCAAGAGAAGCUCCCACCUUACUACCCCAUCACCAAGACCGCCCUGCAAGCGCUGCAGCAGCUGGUUGCCUUUGUCCUGCACACACCUGAUGCAUGA